AUUUGUCGUUGUUCAUCGCCCUUCACUCUCACCUCAGUGCGGUGCGAGUGUGCGUGAUGCGAAGCCAUUCUCACAGUCACGGCUUCCAACGUUCCCGUGGCACUGCCUCUGGCUAGAAUGGCGCCGCCCAAGACUGUCGUCAUCGUUGGCGGUUCCCUCGCGGGGCUGCUCCACGGCCUCACCCUCAAGCGGCUCGGCAGCGACGUUGUGAUUCUCGAGCAGGACCCCAACCCGGUGCGCAGCAGCCACCAGGCCGGCAUCGCAUGCGGGCCGGCCACCGAGGAGAUCCUCCGCAAGUACGACGCGACGGGCCUGCAGUGCUAUACGCCCUCGGUGGCCUCCCGCGCGGCCUACCGCAAGAACCCCAACUUCAAGGAGAUCAAGGCCUUUCGCCACCUGACCAGCUGGGGCCUGCUGUACCGCGUUCUGAGGGCCAACUUCGACGGUCUAGCAUCCGAGGCGGUGCCUAACCCGCCCCCGGCGAGGGAGGGCGACGGCAGGGCCGAGUAUCGCGCCGGCCAGCGUGUUACGGACCUCCGAUGCGAAGACGGAUGCGUCACGGUAACCUUCGUCGGCCAGGAUGGUGCCGAGGGCUCUCUCACCGCCGACUUGGUCAUCGCGGCUGACGGGAUGCACUCGACGGUCCGAGGUUUGGUGAAGGCGCCGGUCGUCCAGAAGCCCGAGUACUCGGGCUACGUCGCCUGGCGCGGUACGGUCCCGGAGAGCGACCUGCCGCCCGAGACCGCCGCGUACUUUGCAAGCCACACGACAUUGAACUUGCUCAAGAACACCUACAUUGUCAGCUACCCCAUCCCCUCGGACACAGGCUCCUUCCGCCCGGGCACGCGCCUAAUCAACUGGGUGUGGUACACCCACUUCGCGGCAGGCUCGCCCGCGCUCGCCGACGCCCUGACCGACACAACGGGCUACACGCACCGCAACACGGUGCCGGCGGGGCUGGUCGACCCGGGCGUGUGGCAGCGGCAGCUGGCCGCGACGCUGCCGCGCAUGGCGGCGCCCUUCGCGACGCUCCUGGGCGCGACCCAGCCGCGGCAGCUUCUCGUCACGCGCGUGCGCGACGCGGUGUGCGGCGCCGCCGCCGCCGGCGGGGGCGGGGGCGGCAGUGGUGGCGGCAGCCCGCGGGUGGUCCUCGUGGGCGACGCGCUGGCCGCGUUCCGGCCGCACCUGGCGCUCGCGACCGAGCAGGCGGCGCGGCACUGCCUCGGGCUGGAGCGGGUGUGGCUCGGCGCGGACGGGGAGGCGGAGGCGGAGGGGACGGCGACGGUGGAGGACUGGGCGCGCGAGGCGGUUGCGUACGGCGAGAGGAUGUGGCUUGCCAAUCGGGCGUUUGGGUUGCUCUGGCUGGGCGGGUGGGGAGAGUUCCUGCGGGCGCUAUGGGCGUAUGUGGUGUUUGUCGUGAGGCUGCGGUUGGGCAGGGGGCGCAGAGGCGUCGUUUGA